AUGGCAAAAUCGAGAAAGAAAAGUAUUUUGAGACAAACUCCUGACCAAACAGAGCCGAUACCGACAACACAUAAUUACUGGCAUUGUAUGACUUCCACUAAUAGGGAACCGUUAUAUAGUGAACCACAUGAAUGCAAGAUCGGUAUCUAUGGUUGGCGUAAAAAGUUUCUCUAUAUCUUAAUCAUAAUAAUAGCAGCACUGGUAGUGUUGAACGCGGCUCUCACACUAUGGAUAGUCUCAGUACUCAAUUUCUCUAUGUACGGUUUAGCAAAUAUGAGGAUAGACUCGGAUGGACUGACUCUUAAUGGUAAUGCCUUUAUUGACGACCAUUUAUUUGCCACAACAAUCAGCUCAAGAAAGGGUCAAACAUUACGUAUACUAUCAGAUGAUAAUUUGACUUUGAUUUCCCGAAACGAUAUGAGUGGACAAAUGGGUAAUAAGCUGUCACUCGGAAACUCUGUGGUUGGGGUGACUGCCAAUGAUUUCCGUAUAAAUGGUAGAGACAGACGAUUGUUGUUUGCUGUCGAUGAACAUAAAGUGACGAUUGCUACGGACACUCUUAAAGUGGACAAUUUAAGUGGAUUACGAUUCUCUCGAUCCAUACAAACACCGUUAAUCCAAUCGACAGGUCAUUCAAAUCUUCGACUCAUAGCACCGGAACGUCGGGCCAGUAUUGUAGCGCCAAUUAGUAUAGCACUAGAGUCCAGACUCGGCGACGUGUCAGCCAUUAGUCUUAAAGAUUUGAAAUUUAAAUCAAAUGAAGGAAAGAUAACAUUUGAAGCAAAUAAUAUACAACUCAGGAAUCUGGAGCCAACUAUACCAACCACUUCAACGUCAUCAUCAAUACCUCAAUCACAUAUCAUUUACCCCAAUGUUCCCGUAUAUCAACUGUGUGUCUGUGCGGACAGCGGUAAGAUUUUUAUUGCACCAUCAGAUCAAGUAUGUGAGGCCAACGAAACCAUUUGUGGUCCGAGAUAUACAACACAAACAUUAAACACUUAA